AGGCACGUGGGGGCGCCGCCGGCCGCGCCGCCGCCGCCGCCAUGGAGGAGCCGCUGCCGCCGCCGCCGCCGCUGUCGCUGCCGCUGCCCCAGGCGGCCCCGCCGCCCGCCCCGCCCGGCUCCGCGCUCUCGGAGGAUGGGAAACCCGCGGUGGAGGCCGGCCCCGAGUGGAACAUCCCGCCCAACGCGCCCGCCUGCAUGGAGCGGCACCUGGAGCGCGCGCGUUACCGCGCAGACGGGGCCCUGCUGCUCGGCGCCUCCGGGCUGAACGGCCGCUGCUGGACCGGCUCGCUGUGGGUGUUCGCCGAGCCCCGGCGCGCCCCCAGCGAGGGCUUCUGCACCGCCGGCGUGCAGACCGAGGCGGGGGUCGCCGACCUGUGCUGGCUGGCGGACAGGGGCAUCCUGGUGGCCUCCGACUCCGGUGCGGUGGAGCUCUGGGAGCUGGAGGAGAAGGAGAGCUUGAUCGUGAACAAGUUCUGUAAAUACGAGCACGAUGACAUCGUGACGUCGGUGUGUGUGCUGGCUGGCAGCAGCCAGGCUGUCAGCGGGGGCAGGGAUUGCUGCGUGAAGGUCUGGGACAUCCCGGAGCAAACGGUGCUGCACUCCUACAGAGCUCACUCCGACGCAGUGACAUGUGUGGCUUCCUGUCCUGGUAAGGACACUGUGUUCCUGUCCUGUGCUGAGGACAACAGAAUUUUACUCUGGGACACCCGAUGCCCCAAACCAGCUACCCGAAUUGUUUGCCGUGCCUGUAAUUACCUACCUACCUCAGUCUUGUGGCAUCCACAGAAAAGUGACAUCUUUGUCUUGGGUGAUGAAAGUGGAAGAGUUGCACUGGUGGACACAAAGAAUCCUGAGUCUGCCCUCAGCGCUGAUGUGCACUCCCAAGGCAUCACAGGCUUUGCUUUCUCUGCACACAGUUCACCCUUACUCGCUUCCAUCAGUGAAGACUGUUCAGUUGCUGUUCUUGACUCAGACCUCUCAGAGGUGUUCAGAAACCGUUCUCAUCGAGACUUUGUCAAAGGCUUGUCCUGGUCUCCUUCAGAUGAUGCCUUGCUCACUACAGUUGGAUGGGAUCAUCAGGUUAUACAUCACACUGUCCCCCUCCCAGCUGCUGAACCUUCUGGAAUCAACUGUGUAAAAGAAUAGUUUUAUAAACUCGCGGUCCAAGUUCCGAGCUGGCAUCACUUUGAUCCUGCUGAAGUCACAGGUGUGUGAGCUGGAGUUGGGCUCUGGUGUCUGCCUCAAAGCUUGUGGCUAAGAAGGUUCCUGUAGUAAUUUUUAAUUUUGCUUAAGUUAGUUACAAACCAAGCUUUACCUUAUCCUCAGGAGUGGCUUCUCCUGUAAUAAAAGACUUUGGUUUGACUCAGAAAAAAUUGACUUCAGGCACAGAGGAGACUUAGGGAAUUGGGUGUAAUGAAAAAAGAAAUAAAGUCAAAAAGACUUGA